GACGGACAGCGACUGCACUACUACUAACCACUCAACCUGAUCAAGCCUGUUCACAAGCCAGCACGGAGGAGGAGGAGACAGACACCGUAGUGUGAGAGGUGCUGAAAACCUUCUCGUUGUCUCAAUUCAUUUUCUUCGUUUUUGGGAUGAUCAUGCAGGACUGACCAUACUUAAAAACAGACAGCAUUAUUAUUUCGUUUAUUUGGAAUUUAGGUGGAGAGGAGGACCUAUUUUAAAAAUCCGGUUACCAGGAAUAGCAUUCAACAAAAUAAAAGUGGGAUCCCUCUCAGAAUUUGAAGGAUUGAGUACCAGAAUUAGAACAUCUCAGCACCAUGGCACUGCUGGACACAGAGUUUGGGGUGAAGGGCAGCAGCAUCAUCAGAGAGUGGAGUGGACAGGUCCAGCCAGCUCUGGUCGCCUCCUUUGUUUUCCUCUUCUGUCUAGAAGCCUGUCUAUGGGUCAGGAAUCUCAGACUCAAGAGAAGGCUGCCAGGACCCUUUGCCUGGCCGGUGGUGGGCAAUGCCAUGCAGCUGGGGCAGAUGCCUCAUAUCACCUUCUCCAAGCUGGCAAAGAAGUACGGCAACGUGUAUCAGAUACGACUGGGCUGCAACAACAUAGUGGUGCUCAAUGGAGACACAGCCAUACAAGAAGCCUUGGUGCAACACAGCACAGAGUUUGCAGGCAGACCCAACUUUGUGUCUUUUCAGUCAGUGUCUGGUGGUAACAGCAUGACAUUCUCUAACUACAGCAAACAGUGGAGGACCCACCGGAAGAUCGCUCAGUCCACCAUUAGAGCUUUCUACUCUGCCAACAGCCAGACCAAAAAAGCAUUUGAACAGCACGUUGUUGCAGAGGCUACUGAGCUCAUUGAAGCUUUCCUCAAACUCAGUGCUGAUGGACAGUUUUUCAACCCUGCUCACGAACUGACAGUAGCUGCUGCAAAUGUAAUCUGUGCACUGUGCUUUGGAAAGCGUUACGGCCAUGAUGACAUGGAGUUUAGAACCCUUCUGGGCAGUGUGGACAGGUUUGGAGAGACGGUGGGAGCUGGCAGCUUGGUCGAUGUCAUGCCCUGGCUUCAAUAUUUCCCAAAUCCUGUCCGCAGUGUCUACCAGAGCUUCAAAGACCUCAAUAAAGAGUUUUUCACCUUUGUGAGAGACAAGGUGGUGGAGCACAGGGAGACGUUUGACCCUGAAGUGACCCGGGACAUGAGUGAUGCCAUUAUUCAGGUAAUUGACAAGGCAGGCCAUGAUACCGGGUUGACGGAGGCCCACACAGAAGGGACUGUGUCCGAUCUGAUUGGUGCGGGACUGGAUACUGUGUCAACUUGCCUUCAUUGGAUGCUCCUUUUAUUGGCAAAAUACCCCAACAUCCAAACCAGACUGCAGGAGCAGAUUGACAAAGUGGUAGGCCGUGACAGGCUGCCCUGUAUUGAGGACAAAGCCAGCCUGGCUUACCUAGAUGCUGUUAUCUAUGAGACCAUGCGCUAUACCAGCUUUGUACCCCUCACCAUCCCACACUCCACCACAUCAGAUGUCACCAUCGAAGGCUUCCACAUCCCCAAAGACACAGUGGUCUUCAUUAACCAGUGGUCUGUCAACCACAACCCUUUAAAGUGGAAGGACCCACAUCUUUUUGACCCCUUACGGUUCCUCGAUGAAAAUGGUACCCUUGACAAGGACCUGACCAACAGUGUGUUGAUAUUCUCAGCAGGGAAGAGGCGAUGUAUCGGUGACCAGAUCGCCAAAGUGGAGGUUUUUUUAUUUUCUGCUAUUUUGAUUCACCAGUGCAGCUUUGAGAAUAACCCAAGUCAGGACCUCUCCUUAGACUGCUCCUAUGGGUUAACACUGAAGCCCCUAAACUACAAGAUCUCUGUCAAGCUCAGAGGAGAAUUACUUAAUGCGGCAUAAAAUCUUGUGAUUUGUGCUUUCAAACAGAGCACCCACUAAUGGACUGCAGUAAUCCAAUGCACUAUAAAAGGUAUGUACACAACAGUGAAUAGUUUUGCUUGGUAGGUACCAGCCAUAUGACUUAUAUUGAUACUUAUGUCAAUAGAUUACUAUUAUUAUAAUUAGCUAAACUGAUUGUUGAUUGUAUAAAUCACUUUUUGUGAUAGAUAACUGAAUCGUGUUUGUUAAUUGUAUCAUUUUAUUGCACUGGCUAUACAGUUGAAGUCGGAAGUUUACAUACACCUUAGCCAAAUACAUUUAAACUCAGUUUUUCACAAUUCCUGACAUUUAAUCAUAGUAAAAAUACCUUGUCUUAGGCCAGUUA